AUGUUCAACAAUCCAAUAAAUAAAUUACGCUCCACAUUAAAUACGGUGAUACACAAACGUUCAGGCGAAGGUAAGAAUCAGCAAAAUCCAUCAAAUGAUAUUUUAAGUGAACAGACAGCACUUUUUACAAUUCUUGGCGAUCUAAAACUCUAUAAUACGAAUGAUGCAGCAUCCAGAAUAUAUAGAUCAACUAAUUCAUUAUAUGAUGUUGUUAUUCGUAUUAAUAAUAUAUCUGAUUUAAAUACGCAAGGAUGGGAAAUUUUAGUUGGUAAUCAUUCAAAUAAUAUUAUACCAAAUAAAGUGAUAGCUUCGAAUAAUGACGAAUCAGGACAAAUACCCGAUGAAAAGAAAGAAGCUGUGAUAGCUACUGUUCUGGGUGCAUAUAAUCGUGGCAAAUCAUAUUUACUCAAAAAACUUUGUAGGAUCAAUAUUCCUAGUAGAAACAUAACCCAUACUGAAGGUAUAUCUAUUACAGUAGGAAGAGAUAAUUACAGAAAUAUUAUUUUUCUUGAUACUGCUGGCACAGAUAAACCAGUUAAAAAUGAUGAAAUUGAAUUUAAAAGGGCAACUGAAACACUUUUGUGUGAAGUCGUUCUUCAUUUAGCUACUUUUUUCAUCAUUGUUGUAAAUCGUUUACGAGCUACCGAUCAAAUUUAUAUUCGACAAGUAUUGAAAUAUUGUCGAGUUACACAGAUUAGAAAAAAAAUUAUUAUUGUUCAUAAUCUACUUGAUGUUAAAACGAUCGAAGAUGUUAACACAGUCAUAGAAGAAGAUAUUAAACUGACAUUCAGAGCAAUCGACAAGCAAAUACAAUUGGACAUAGGUGGUACCACCAAAUCGAUUCAUUUUUUUGAAUCAAAACAACAGAACGACAUUGAAAUGCGUCACUAUGUUUUAGCAAAAAGUCAUUCCAAGGCAGCUGAUAUAUGGAAUAAGCAGUCUCUAGACGGUAUUAUGAAUCUUUUACAAAAUUCAGAGAACAAAAACAGUCCUAAUAUUAUCAAUGACAUGAUUACUUAUAUUAAUGGCAAACUUCCACAGUUGUUUAAACAUAAUAAUGAUUCUAGAAGCGGUACUGCUCAACCAGCUCUAAGGAUUGUACAACAUGAUAGUCUACCAUAUAUUGUACUUGCUGAUCGAAGAGCUCGUCACAAUUUGUUGGAAGAAGGCUAUUUAUUAGAACUAUCGGAGAAGCUUGUUUAUGAUGAUGCAGGAUAUUUUGUUACAAACGAAAGUGGAAAUUGGCAACCUCGUUACAACUUAUAUGAAGAUGACAACGAGUAUUGUUUAAUUGUUGAACUUGCAGGAUUUGCAAAAGGUGAAUUAGAGACAAAGCUAGCCGAGAAGUCUAUCACUAUUACAGGUACUCGUUCUGAUUUAAACAACAGAAUGAAUUAUCGUACUAUUCGUCAAUCAGAUAUUUUAAUUGGUUCUUCUACAUUAACUAUUCCAUUCGAGAUCGAUACAGUUCGUGACAAAGUAGAGUCAGAGCGUAUGGAUGGUUUUAUUAAGAUGUUAAUCCCAAAGAAAACCCUAGGUGUGCUAUCCUUGGACUUAUAA